UGCUCGAGCUGAAAUCUCGCGCACACGAGCUCUCUCCUGCAGCUCCGCGAGGAACAAACGCCGCGUUCACUCCCAUUUUUCCCGAUUUUCCCGAUUUCCGUUUUGUGCUUUGAAAGUUUCUUUCACUCCAAUGAAUUUUUUUUCUCUCUCUCUUUCUUUUUCAGUUAUUUUUGCCUCCUCGGUGCAUUCUUAUGGCGAAUAGAUGACAGCGCGCGAGAGUUUACAACUUUUACACACGCGCCAGAGUGGAGUUGCAGUUCUAUAGGUUUAUUUUUAUACUCUAUUCUAUUCUUUUUUAUAUAUCUAUUUUUGUAUCUAUAGCACGGACUCCACGAGUGUUUCUUUCAAACCUCUCCAACACUUUCACUUCUAAUGGAUAUGGCUGUUCUCACAUGGGACAUCAUCCUCGCUCUAUGUUUAUUGAUUUCUCCGGCUUCGCUUUCGGCGGAUCAGAGCGGAUUAAGGAGAUUGUACGUGCUGCAGCCGGGACCGAGCGGUACGGAUCGGGUUCACGUGAGCUCGAUUUCAUCGGUCUCGGGAGCGUCAGGGCAGCCGCACUCAUACAAUGUGGAGCUCAAAUCCAGCUUCGGUGGCAGCCAGGUCCGGACCCGGAGAAUGGGCCACCAGCCGAAUCCAAAUCCAAGCAUUCAGAUCCGCCAGGACGCACAGCCCGCCCGGCACACAACCCAUCAAAUGAAAGUGUCAGGAGUGAACGUCUGUGGGGGGCAGUGCUGUGUUGGUUGGAGCAAGACCCCAGGAUCUCAACGCUGCACUAAACCUAACUGUUUGCCCCCGUGCAAAAAUGGAGGGAUGUGCUUGCGGCCCCACAUGUGUGUGUGUAAGCCAGGCUCUAAAGGCAAGUCCUGUGAACAGACCACUCUCCCCCCAUCCUCUCAUCCAACUGGACCACUAAACGGACACACCAAUGGUGGACUUCCAAAUGGAGGCCAUACAAAUGGAUACAGCAACGGUCAUAAUAUAAUUCCCCAGCGCCCAAUUCCUCAGCAAACCUUCCCACAAGGCCAAGUGCCGUUACCGCUACCUGGCACCAAUGGGGGCCACAUGACCCUGUCCAAGAAGCCAUCAUCUAACCGACUCAACCGACCCAUCCCUUACCAAGUACAGAAUCCAGUUUCCAUGAUGCACCAGAGCAAAAUCCAGAAGUUCAUGGUCCAACAGAAAAACUACCAUACGCACACGCAGGUGCAAGGAGUCGGACCCACCCUGAACCGGGCCAUCCCACUUUCAGUGGGACAUAACCCAAUUCACGUAGGGAACCACACCGGCCGGAUCAAGGUGGUCUUCACCCCAACUAUCUGCAAGAUGACCUGCACUAACGGCCGCUGUCAGAACAGCUGUGAGAAGGGUAAUACCACCACCAUCAUCAGUGAGAACGGACAUGCUACCGACACCCUCACCGCCCCCAACUUCAGAGUCGUUGUUUGCCAUUUGCCCUGCAUGAAUGGAGGAAAAUGCAGUGCUCGGGACAAGUGUCAGUGCCCUCCGCACUUUACUGGAAAAUUCUGCCAAAUGCAGAAUCCAAACGGUCACCAGGGACAGCAAACAGUGGCAACCGGGCAGAAGACACACAUCCACUCAACACACACACUACCCCUCACCUACGGUACUGGACAAAACCAGGGUUUGGUGAAUGUCCAUGUGAAACAUCCUCCAGAAGCCUCGAUCCAGAUCCAUCAGGUGUCUCCGGUGGACGGUAACAGGCAGGAGAAGAACACACAGUCUAGUCAUUCCUUUUCCUACCACAUUUCUGAGUCCAGCAGCAGCCAGAGCAUCCAGCACGGACACAAUCAUGGCGGCAUCAUUUACCCCAACCAGCAAGCAAAGGUCCAAUACCAGCCAGUGACAUCCAAGAACCAACUAGGACGCUGCUUCCAGGAGACUGCUGGAAUGCAGUGUGGGAAAGCUCUGCCCGGCCUUUCUAAACAGGAAAUCUGCUGUGGGACAGUGGGCACAUCAUGGGGAUUCCACAAAUGCCAAAAAUGCCCCAAAAAACCAUCGAUUCCUCUGCAGCGACCGACUACAAUGAUUGAAUGUCCUCAAGGCUAUACGAGGUUGAAUGCCACUCGCUGUGUUGAUUUUGAUGAAUGCCAGAUUCAAGGUGUUUGUCUCAAUGGAAAAUGCAUCAACACUAUUGGCAGCUUCAGGUGUUUCUGCAACCCAGGCUUUGUGCCUGACCCCACGCUCUCCACCUGCUACCCCGAAUCACCUGCUCUUCCCGAGGAAAAGGGUGCUUGCUUCCGAUUGGUCAGUUCGGGGACGCAGUGCUUGCACCCGGUGUCCACUCAGCUGAGUAAACAGUUAUGCUGUUGUAGUGUGGGUAAGGCCUGGGGGCCUCGCUGUGACCGCUGCCCUCUACCUGGGACAGCUGCGUUUAAAGAGAUUUGUCCUGGAGGUAUGGGUUACCAUGUCACCACCCCGUACAUUUACAAGCCUAAACCUCCUGCUGGACACGUCCAAACAGACAGUCAAGGGCAGAGCAAUCCCACCAUCAAGCAUCAAGCACCCGUGGACCCUCCUGUGCCCCUACCCACCCUGCCGCCGCAUGUGGAAGCUUACAGCUUCACAGAGAGGCAGGUACCUGAGUUGGUGGAGAAGGUGUUACCUCCUGGCCCAGUGGCAAUUCUGCCUUCCAGUGCAAGUCAGGACAUCUCCCCAACACAGCUGGCAGAGGUUGACGAGUGUCAAGUGAGUCGUGAUAUCUGUGGUGCGGGAAUCUGUUAUAACACCCCUGAUAGCUACAUGUGCAUUUGUGACGACGGCUAUAAAAUGGACAGUGAGGUCACCACAUGUGUAGAUGUUGACGAGUGUGUGGAGAUCCAGAGUUUGUGUGCCAAUGGUCACUGUCAGAACACUCCAGGCAGUUUCCUGUGUGCGUGCGAGCCUGGCUUUAUGCUUAACGAGGAGGGCACCAGCUGCUCUGAUAUUGAUGAAUGUCAGGACGGGAGUGUGUGUCCGUCUGGUCUCUGCUAUAACAAUCUGGGCUCUUUUAUGUGUUCUCCGUGUCCGGAUGGAUUCGAAGGGAGAAAUGGCCAGUGUGUCGACAUAAAUGAGUGUCAGGAUGAAAGAGUGUGCGCUCAUGGUCAGUGCUCCAAUCGGGAGGGCUAUUACCUUUGCACAUGUGACAAAGGGUUCUCACUCACUCCUGACGGCAAAGCCUGCACAGACAUUGACGAAUGCCAGGAUGACAGUGUGUGUAUCCAAGGUCACUGUCAGAACACAGAGGGGUCAUUUAUCUGCAGCUGUGAGCCUGGGUUCAUUCUGUCCUCCACAAGAGACCAAUGUGAUGAUGUGGACGAGUGUUUGGAGUUACAUCAGACCUGUGAUGGGGUGGGGCAAUGUGUUAAUAUCUUGGGCUCAUAUCAGUGCAUUUGCCAACUGGGUUAUAGACAAGUCAACGGCACCAGUUGCCAGGAUAUUGAUGAGUGUGAAGACGACAUGCAAAUGUGCAUCCUGAAUGGAGAAUGUUUGAACACAGAGGGCUCGUUCCUCUGUGUGUGUGACGUUGGCUUUGUGUCUACACGGGAUCCACCCGGCUGUGAGGAUGUGGAUGAGUGUUCUCUGAAUGAAAAUACCUGUGGAAGUCAUGGUGUUUGUCAGAAUACAAUGGGCUCCUUCAGCUGCCAGUGUGACCCGGGAUUCAAAGACUCUCAGGAUGGGCAGGGCUGUGUGGAUGUGAACGAGUGUGAGCUUCUCAGUGAUGUGUGUGGUGAGGCAACCUGUGAGAACCGUGAAGGAUCCUUCCUGUGUUUGUGUGCUGACGAGACUCUAGACUUCAACCCAAUGACUGGCAAAUGCUUGUCCACACAUCCAGGGCCAAAGACGACCAUUGCAUUUGCAACCCCAACACCCGUGAUCCCCCACCACCAAAAUGGUUUGGUCCCCCCCAAUGUUCAAGACUUGGUUACGACCUUGGGUACACCUACAGCGGAGAGGAAGGAGUGUUACUACAACCUGAAUGAUGAGAACCUGUGUGAUAAUGUGCUGGCCAGCAGCAUGACUAAACAGGAGUGCUGCUGUACACUGGGGGCCGGCUGGGGGGACAAUUGUGAGGUCCAUCCCUGCCCCGUACCAGGAACAGAUCAGUUCUCACAGCUGUGUCCGGCGGGCCGGGGAAAUGUUCCUGCUGGAGACCCCAUGAUUCCAGGCAUCAGUUUAGAAGAAAAUUUCAAAGAUGCAGAUGAAUGCAUGCUUUUUAAAGAUGAGAUUUGCAAAGAUGGCUAUUGUCUCAACACCCCUGGUGGGUACGAGUGUUACUGCAAGUCUGGACUCUACUACGAUGAGAGCAAACUGCAAUGUGUUGACACUGAUGAAUGUUUGGAUGAUUUUAACUGUAUAGAUGGUGAAUGUAUGAACACAUACGGCUCAUAUCAGUGUUUCUGCACUCCUCCUCUGGUUCUUGCACUCGACAACACGCGCUGCAUUUCACCGGGUGUGGCAGAGCAUAGAAAAGCUGACGUGUAUGAAGGUAUUUGCUGGGAGACAGUGACAGAAAGACUAACCUGCACAAGACCAAUUGCCAACAGACAUACCACAUUCACAGAGUGCUGCUGUUUAUAUGGAGAGGCCUGGGGCAUGGACUGUGCUCUCUGCCCCAAGAAAGAUACAGCUGCUUAUGCCACUAUGUGCAAUAUCCGUCAGCCAUAUGGUCAAGAUGCUCUUGUUGCUGGCCCAGUUCAUGAGUAUGAAGUCGGCCCUGAAUACGACCCUCAACCUCUGAACCUUGAUGACACGCUACCCCCCUAUGAUGACUAUGAAGAACCAAAAGGUCCAUAUGAUGCAUUUGAAGGAUUGCGAGCAGAGGAGUGUGGUGUGCUGAACGGAUGUGAAAACGGGCGGUGUGUGAGGGUACAGGAGGGAUACACCUGUGACUGUUUUGAUGGAUACACUCUCGACAUGUCCCGUAUGGCCUGCGUGGAUAUCAAUGAAUGCUCAGAGCUGAACUCAAAGAUGUCACUUUGCAAGAACGGCAAGUGCAUCAACACGCAGGGUUCAUACAAGUGUGAGUGUCUGCCGGGAUUUAUCCACUCCGCCCAGCACAACUACUGUGUGCCUCACAGACAGAAUGCAACAAGCACGAGCAGGGAGUGACCACCAGAGGGCGCCAGAUAUACUAAAAACACUCUUAUUUAAUCAAGGCCCAUAUACUCUGCACUGUAUAAAACAAACACACACACACACACACACAAACACACAAAAAAAACUAAAAAAAAAAAAAAUUCUACUUGAGAUGAAGAGUUUAAUGUGCUAUCUUAUGGCGUCUACAAGAGAACUGUAUAAAAUAUUUGUUUUAUUGGUCUAUGUACGUUUGUUAUUAUUUCUGUCUUAGAAAAUAGAAAUACUUUAGGUGUGAAGAGAGAUGAUUUUUUAGCAAACUGACAAACCCUAUGAAUUUAAGCUGGGGGACUGCUUUAUUUUACCCAGUCAAAGACACCGUAUGUGUGGAUAUUUUAACAGCUAAACUCUCUCAUUCUCUUCUCUCUUUUUUCAUUGUCCUCUCCAUUCUUUCCUUCUCUGUAUCUAAAUCAUAUAUUGUCUUAUUCUCUCUCUCUCUCUCUCUCUCUCUCUCUCUUCUCUCUCCCCCUCUCUUUUCCUGUGUUUCUUUCCUCUCAGCUAUACUUUUUCUCCUUAUCAUCUUUGUGAGGUGGACCACACCACAAACCUGCAAUACACAGUUUUAUAGGAAACAAACACACCCACACUCAUUGCACAACAUGUUGUCAGUGUCAAGUCUUUAAAAUAAGCUUUUUAUAUGAGCUGCUUUUUAUUAAUGACAGACGUCAGCUAAUUCUCUGUGUCUGGAACAUUGGUCCACUGCAGAUACCUGCCCUGUGGAGCAGGCAUGACCUUUAACCUCACCUUUCUUCUAGAAAUUAUUAUUAUUUUAUUUCUUUGAAAAGAAAAUAAUAAAAUGAAGUGCCUUUAUGUAUUUUUCAGAUAUGUUUUUAAACAGAACUCUUUCACUGCAUUCAGUAGAGUUGGCGAAAUGUCUUGCCAGGUUGCAAAGCUGCUAUUAAACAGCCGUGGGAUCUUUGUUUUCAUUCUCUUUCUUUCUUUUGUACAUUUAAACUGAAGAGUUGAUAAAAAAACUAUGUAAUUUGUAAAUGAAUAAAUACCUUCUGAAUAUCCAUAUAAUGUCUUGAAUAAAUCAGAGAUUGUGAUGUUUAUA